AUGGGAGCACCAGCGCGAAGCAAAGCUAAAUCGCAGCAAGAAUACAAGGGUCGGUCCUCCAUCGCGCCGCCGGCUCGUUGCCAUUGCUCUCGAUCACGCCGCAGCUGCAGCAAUCGCGAGGGGAAUCAACCCUGUUCAACACCCCGCGAGGCGACGACGAGCGCUCGUGCUCCAAGGCGCUCUCGCCGCAGCGGAUCCGGCCUGGCGGCGCCUCUUUCCCAUUGGCGACGGCAACGGCCCGGCGUCAGCAUCUGCUUGUUCCAUGGCUGCGGGCUAGAAGGGGGCCACGGUGCACAGGUCUGCGGGCUAGAAGGGGGCAUCGCCGUGUCCUGCGGCGGGACCAAUGGCAUCAGUGGCGCCGCCGCCGUGUCUUGGCCGUUGGUGCGGUACCUGCAGCUCCAGUGGCAGGUAUCUGUUCUGUCCAGAGUGAACUAUAAGAACCUGAUGAACUUGCUUGGUUACUGCAUCUAA